GAUUGGCUGCUGCGGGCGCCUCGCGGGCUGAUGGCUAUGAAGGUGGCGCCGGUUGAUGGUUGACCGAUCCUUGGAUCCAGGGUAGGGGUCGCUGCGCGUGCGAUCGUCUCACACUGGACUACAGGGCGCGGACUGCUGCAGCUCAACCUGGAACCUACCGGCGAGACCAGGCUCCGCCCGGCCAUGCCCGCCGGGAGCAACGAGCCGGACGGCGUCCUCAGCUAUCAGAGGCCAGAUGAGGAAGCUGUGGUGGAUCAGGGUGGGACCAGCACAAUUCUCAACAUUCACUAUGAGAAAGAAGAGUUGGAAGGUCAUAGAACUCUGUAUGUGGGGGUUCGGAUGCCGCUGGGGAGGCAGAGCCAUCGGCACCACCGCACUCAUGGCCAGAAGCACCGGAGACGAGGAGGGCGGGGCAAAGGAGCCAGCCAGGGCGAGGAGGGCUUGGAAGCCUUGGCCCACGACACCCCGUCUCAGCGUGUUCAGUUCAUUCUUGGCACUGAGGAAGAUGAAGAACAUGUGCCUCAUGAGCUCUUCACAGAGCUGGACGAGAUCUGUAUGAAAGAGGGGGAAGAUGCUGAGUGGAAGGAGACGGCCAGGUGGCUGAAGUUUGAAGAGGAUGUGGAGGACGGGGGAGAGCGCUGGAGCAAGCCUUACGUGGCCACGCUCUCUCUGCACAGCCUGUUUGAGCUGAGGAGCUGCCUCAUCAACGGCUCUGUGCUUCUGGACAUGCGUGCAAGUAGCAUAGAGGAGAUCUCAGACCUGAUCCUGGACCAGCAGGAGCUGCUCCGAGACCUGAGCGACAGCGUGAGGGUUAAAGUGCGGGAAGCCCUGCUGAAGAAGCACCACCACCAGAACGAGAGGAGGAGGAACAACCUCAUCCCCAUCGUCCGCUCCUUCGCUGAGGUUGGCAAGAAGCAGUCUGACCCGCACUCCAUGGACAGAGAUGGGCAAACGGUGUCUCCUCAGUCAGCUACAAACCUUGAAGUGAAGAAUGGUGUGAACUGUGAGCACAGCCCUGUGGAUCUAAGCAAGGUGGAUCUUCACUUCAUGAAAAAAAUUCCCACGGGGGCAGAGGCCUCCAAUGUCCUGGUGGGAGAGGUGGAUACGCUGGACCGGCCCAUCGUGGCCUUCGUGAGGCUCUCCCCGGCUGUGCUGCUCUCUGGCCUGACGGAAGUGCCCAUCCCAACGAGGUUUUUGUUUAUCUUACUGGGCCCAGUGGGAAAAGGGCAGCAGUACCAUGAGAUUGGCAGGUCCAUGGCCACCAUCAUGACGGACGAGAUUUUUCAUGAUGUGGCAUAUAAAGCAAAGGAACGCGAUGACCUCCUGGCAGGGAUUGACGAGUUCCUGGACCAGGUGACGGUGCUUCCGCCAGGGGAGUGGGACCCAUCUAUUAGAAUUGAGCCACCCAAGAAUGUCCCUUCCCAGGAAAAAAGGAAAAUGCCCGGUGUUCCAAACGGAAACGUUUGCCACAUAGAACCAGAGCCACAUGGGGGGCACAGUGGGCCAGAACUGGAGCGGACUGGGCGGCUGUUUGGGGGCUUGGUGCUGGAUGUCAAGCGGAAGGCUCCCUGGUACUGGAGUGACUACCGGGAUGCUCUCAGCUUACAGUGUCUGGCCUCCUUCCUGUUCCUGUACUGUGCCUGCAUGUCGCCCGUUAUCACCUUCGGGGGACUGCUGGGAGAAGCCACUGAAGGACGCAUAAGUGCGAUUGAGUCGUUGUUUGGAGCGUCCAUGACGGGGAUUGCCUACUCUCUGUUUGCUGGGCAGCCUCUCACCAUCCUGGGAAGCACGGGGCCCGUGCUGGUGUUUGAAAAGAUUUUGUUCAAAUUCUGCAAGGACUAUGCCCUUUCGUACCUGUCCCUGCGGGCUCUCAUCGGGCUGUGGACUGCCUUCCUGUGCAUCGUCCUGGUGGCCACGGAUGCCAGCUCCCUCGUCUGCUACAUUACCCGCUUCACCGAGGAAGCGUUUGCCUCCCUGAUUUGUAUCAUCUUCAUCUAUGAAGCCAUAGAAAAGCUGAUCCACCUGGCAGAGACCUACCCCAUCCACAUGCACAGCCAGCUGGACCACCUGAGCCUCUAUUACUGCAGGUGUGUGCUCCCGGAGAAUCCAAACAACCACACCUUACAGUAUUGGAAGGACCACAACAUCCUGGCUGCCGAAGUGAACUGGGCAAACCUGACAGUCAGCGAAUGCCAGGAGAUGCACGGGGAGUUCAUGGGAUCUGCCUGCGGUCACCACGGACCCUACACGCCCGACGUGCUCUUUUGGUCCUGCAUUCUGUUCUUCGCCACCUUCAUCGUCUCCAGCACCUUAAAGACAUUUAAGACAAGCCGCUACUUCCCGACCAGGGUCCGCUCCAUGGUGAGUGACUUCGCCGUGUUCCUCACCAUCUUCACCAUGGUGGUCCUUGACUUUCUGAUUGGCGUCCCGUCGCCAAAGCUUCAGGUUCCCAAUGUGUUCAAGCCAACAAGGGACGAUCGAGGAUGGUUUAUUAAUCCCAUUGGCCCCAAUCCCUGGUGGACUGUGAUAGCCGCAAUUAUCCCAGCUCUCCUGUGCACUAUCCUGAUAUUCAUGGACCAGCAGAUCACCGCUGUCAUCAUUAACAGGAAGGAACACAAGCUCAAGAAAGGCUGUGGCUACCACCUGGACCUGCUCAUGGUGGCCGUCAUGCUGGGAGUUUGCUCCAUCAUGGGCCUGCCUUGGUUUGUGGCCGCGACCGUCCUGUCCAUUACCCAUGUGAACAGCCUCAAGCUGGAAUCCGAAUGCUCUGCCCCCGGGGAGCAGCCCAAGUUCUUGGGCAUCCGGGAACAGAGAGUCACAGGGCUUAUGAUCUUCGUGCUGAUGGGCUGCUCAGUCUUCAUGACAGCUGUCUUAAAGUUUAUCCCGAUGCCAGUGCUCUACGGAGUUUUCCUCUACAUGGGAGUCUCUUCGCUACAAGGAAUCCAGUUCUUCGACCGUCUGAAGCUUUUCGGGAUGCCUGCAAAACACCAGCCAGACUUCAUCUACCUGCGGCACGUGCCGCUGCGCAAGGUGCACCUGUUCACGCUAGUGCAGCUCACCUGCCUCGUCCUGCUCUGGGUCAUCAAGGCAUCGCCGGCCGCCAUUGUUUUCCCAAUGAUGGUGCUGGCCUUGGUCUUCGUCAGGAAAGUCAUGGAUCUCUGCUUCUCCAAGCGUGAGCUAAGCUGGCUGGACGACCUCAUGCCUGAGAGCAAAAAGAAGAAGCUGGACGAUGCGAAGAAGAAGGAGGAGGAGGAGGCCGAGAAGAUGUUGGACAUUGGGGGUGACAAGUUUCCCCUGGAAAGCAGGAAGCUGCUAAGUAGUCCUGGCAAGAGCAGCAGCUUCAGAUGUGACCCUUCUGAGAUUAAUAUAUCAGAUGAAAUGCCUAAAACCACGGUCUGGAAGGCUCUCAGCAUAAAUUCCGGAAAUACAAAAGAAAAAAGCCCCUUCAACUGAGAGUCUCUGCUGAGUGGAAGAUUUGGACCAUGAGGUGCCUCGGAGAAGUUCUGGGUUUUAACAAAAUGGCGAGUCUCUCCGGGAAGAAGCCGAGCUGAGUCUGGCCCCGUUCUUGGUCAUCUCAAAGCCAUGCCACAUGGAAGCAUUCAGUCACUCCCGGUGUGCGUUUGGAGGACAUCCAGCUACCCACAUACCAGCAGCCAGGCGCCAGUCGGGUCAUGGUGGGGCCGCCUCCCGCUGCCUCCUUUCCUCUUCCUUCUCUCUCUUCAGAGCUGCCAUCAUUAAAGAGCCAGCUUCCAUUUUCAGACAUUUUCUCUGAUACUCUGCUGGCCUGGUAAGCCACACGAGUCCAUUCUGUCACAGAGGAUUCCCUCUUCCGAACGAUAGCCUGGGGUAGUGGCAGAGGCAGGACAAGGGCAGGCUCUCCAGCAGCCUGUGCCUUGGUUUCCUUUCUGCCUGGGAAGGGGAUGUUGGACAGGCAGACACAGUAGCAGGUCUGCUGCCUGAGCUCCACCAUCCAGGCAUCAACAGCAACCACCACAGUGAGCUGCCUCUGGCCUGGGGUCAUCUGCAUCACCUCCAGAAGCAGUGGGCAUAACGUUGUGAGUCCUUGGAAGAUGCGGGGACAGCAUGAGAGCAGGAGUUUAGCUGAUGUCAGGAAAGGCCUAGGGGAAGCCAGCAGCGCUCGGAGUGUGAGCAUCUUUCCCUGGAACGAGAGAAAGAGGAGCCUAACUUGCUAUGGAAGCACUUAGGUUUCCAGGCCUGGAGAUCUGUUCCAGGUCUGUUUUUUUAAGUCUAGGAAAGUCUUGCUGACAGCUGUUUGUAGGAAGGAAGGUGGAUCGGGGCUGCUGCGGCUGCUCUGUGUGAACUGUUUGACUUGAUGCUGCUACCUCUCGUGGUGACAUUGUUAUAACACCCUGGAGAGACCCGAGUGCUCAUGGAUGUCCCUUAGCUGCCUUAGUCGGGAGAACCAUCAUCAUCCACUCGGUGGACCCAAACCGCCAUCAGCCAUGUGACUUCCUAAUCAUGGGUUUCUUUUGGUUGACAAGUUCUGGCUCAGGUGUAAAAGCCACACGAAGAAAUGAGCUGUAAGCGGUGGCAUCACUUUGGAUACUUAGUUUAAAAGUAUAUGUGUGAUUUUCUAUGUUCCAAAACUAUCAUGAGUUUUUUGGCCCGAGCAAGUGUAGACCUCCCCUUCCUUUGUGCCCAGACUGUGACUAGUGAGCUGGGACAGUCUCUGUCCAGAGACCACACACACACAGUGAGCUCUCUUCCUCUCCUGGCUGAAGAGGCUCUACAUCAUUCGAUCACAGUUUGCUCCCCCUCAGACUCGCUGAAACAUCUAGUCCUUCUCUGAAGGUCUUAGGUGUCGGGGGCCACCCCGUGUUGCCCGUUCCUCCCUACCUGUCAGGACCACUGCCAUAUUGAUGCAAGAUAUUUGACAAUUGAUACAGGACAGACACGAGCCACACAGAGCCGGUGUCUUCUGUAGAAUAGUGGUGGGCACUGCUGUUCAGGGCCUGUGGGAUGAACGUGACCCUGCUUCCGAUCCCAGAAUGGCCUCUGGAAUGUGGGUUUGUCUGGUCUUUACUCAUGGGAGAUGUGCGUUCCAUCUGAGCAGCCACCCUGGCUUGCUCUCAGGUAGCACAUACUGCAACAGGUGGGUUUCCUAGAAAUCAGUGGACAUUCAAGUCUCUGUUAGCCAAACAGCCCAAGCAUGUCACUUGAGGACAGAUUUAAUAAGCAUAGCCUUGCCCACCUUGGAUUAGGAGCCGGCCUGUCAGUGGGAAAGGUUUUUGAUGCCUUCCUGGCCCUCCUCACACUUCUGGAACUCGAGUCUUUUCUCACUGCUUGCAUUCUCUGGGAACACCCCUCUCUUCCCGGACUGGUUUCUCCUCUGUUUUUCCUGCCACCUUCUGUGUAGGGAAACUGAUGACUGCUUCACCCUGCCCUGGCCUCAGUGCACUUGAGAGACAUAAUGGUGAGGACCCUGACGUAUGAGGGAGCCAGUGACUUGUCACUGAAACUUACUCUUCCCACACGAUGACGCUUGUGCAGCCUCCUGUGAGCUAUGCCCUGGGCUGGAGGGUGGAGGCUGCUCUCGCCCGCCCUGAGCAAUGCACUUGUGGAGCCUCAUGCCCAUGUUUGCACUGGUCAUCUCUUCUAUGACAAGGGUCGCUCUCAGACACGUCUUGAAUGUGGCCAGCUAAUGUCAUGACUUGCUGGUAAUGUCAGCUGGUGGUGUGAGUGGAGUUGGGGGGCUGGGACUCAAGAACACGUUAAUUGAAGCCUUGGCUCUGAGGGAAAAGAUGGAGGGUUCCUAAGUGGCCAGUUGCUUCCCGAUGACCAUCAGGGAAGGGUUGCUGUAGAGAAAGGUGAAGAGCUGGAGAGACGGAAUGUGCAAGUGCCAAGUGUGUUUGGUUGCAUAACACAUGCAACUUGGGAAGCUUUGUCAGGAGGCUCCGGACUUUCCCACUCCCAGCCCCAUGUUGGGUCUCCUUAACCAUGAAAACCUGUCUUCCCGAUAGAGGGAAAGUGAACCAUCUCUCUCCAAAAGACAGUUGCGGUUUCUCAUUGUCGGUGAUGGAGCAGACUUUUAAAUUACUCACUAAUGUUGGAUGAAAAUGUGGUAUUCACUAAGUUCCCAGCCUGCCCAGACUCUGCAGAGUCUGUGGUUUAUGAUCGUCCAGAAAAGGACAGUUCCUAACUCCACUUUUCCUUGACCUGCUCAGCUCAGCAGACCUGCUCCUUAGUGGGGAGGCAGGGGUUCUCCUUGUAUCCUGUGUAGUAGGUGCAGUGUCUGUCCUGCCUCUCCACUUGUCCUGGGUUGUAGUGAGUAGCAGACACACUGUCUCCUGUGUGUCUCCCACCACUGGGCCGCUCGAUGUCCCUGAAGAUCUUUUGAUGUAAUUUAAUCGUAUGGGUGUUUUACCUUCACACAGGCCUUUGCACCACAUGUCCCCCAUGCUUCAGGAGAUCAGAAGGAAUCCGAUCCUCCUGGAGCUGGAGUUACAAAUAGCUGUGUGCUUCCAUGUGGAUGCUGGGGAUUUAAUUGAACCUGGGUGUAGCUGGUCUUUGCUACUUUGUGGGUUAUUUUCUCACCCUUUGCUCCCUCUCCCAGUUUCACUCCUUGACACUAGAUAGGACAAAAACGGGGGGCGAGAGGGAGAGGGAGAGAGAGAGAGAGAUCGAGAUCAAGAGAGACACCCCUGUAUCUAAAUUCCUUUCUUCUUUGAACACUACGAAGAAACCACAACCAACCACACACAACUCCCAAACAACCAACAACCACCCAUCCUGCUUUUUGGGAGCCUAGCAUUUAUAGACUUUCUGAAAAGUUCCUAGAAUUCCAAAACUUGACACAAUGCCAGAGACUGUCUGCAGCUGGCAAAACCACACUUCUGCUAGAGCACUAGGCAAAUCAUGUCAGCUGCUGCCGACACUCCAAAGCAGCCCCACAUCCCCACACCUGGGGACUAAAAUGAUAACAUAUUCUUAUAUUUGUUUUUUAAAGAAACCAGAAUUCCAGAGUUCUCACCACGAUUCCCCACUUCUGUUUUAAGUCAUUAAUUGUGCUGUGUAUAUCAGGAAAUUAUAAACAGACAUUUUCAAGGAACUGAGUGUUCAGGUUAGUGCCAAGGUGUUGAGGAGACCUCUCCUGCUCGGUCCUAAUCUUUAUCAGUUUUGAUGGUAUCCACAGCUUUUCGUUUCCUGUGGAAGUAUAAACAAUUCCCCAUCCCCAAUGCAAAACUUUUCUGUUCUAAUAUUAACACAUCUUUAUUCUAUAUUGUAAAAAAUUCAGUUUUUCCUCUCGGCCCCUGCUCCAGGAAUGACCACUCCAAGACUCCUUAUUAUUAAAUGCCUUGGCCAGAAGCCUUGCCUCAUCCAUGACUGGCUCGUAACCUAUUCAACCCAUUCAAACUCUUCUAUGUCAUCCUCAUGGUUACUUCUCCUCAGUCCCGGCUUGCUUCAUCCUUCUCACUACCUCCUCCUUGUCUCACUAUCUCCCAGAAUCCUCUCUUCCUGCCAUUGUCCCACCUCCUAUUUCUUGCUUCAGCUCAUUGGCCAUUGGUGGUUUUUAUUGACAAGAGAUGCUAAUAAGAGAUUCUACAGUACAUAGGCUGAUGUAAUUCCACAGUUUUUUUUCUAAAACCCAGAGUAUCUCAACUGCUGCUGUUCCUUUCUCAUUAAUAUUCAGAAAAUUUAAAGUUAGCAGAGAGUAAUUGUCUCUUUUUUUCUCUUUGCUUUAUAAGCAUUUCCUUUAGGUAAAAUGAGAUCUUUCUACAACUGCCUGUCCUGUAGGAUUGCAUGAAUAUUAAUCUGAGCACUGCACAGUUGUAGAAGAGCCCUUCCCCAUAGACUGAUGGGUCGGUCAGAGUCCUUCCCCAUAGACUGAUGGGUCGGUCAGAGCCCUUCCCCAUAGACUGAUGGGUAGAUCAGCCACAUCAGGUCUUAGCUUUCCUGUUAGACCUUCUGGUCCCACACAUUUCACCCAUUGCACACUUUGUUUUAUCUGAGAUAAAUUUCCGAUUCCUAGAAACUGUAUAAACCUUCCAAAGUGGCCAUUCUGAAUUCCAAGAUUUUUUUGUGAACUGAUAGUUACAUCAGCGCCUGUAUCCACAAAUUUGUCUACUUCAGUACCUUUUAUGUGAAAUUUUAAUAUUUGCCUCUGAUCAUUAACAACUGUUUGCCGGAACACAUGCUUUUCAGUCCUUUCAGACCCUCCUGUUCUCUCUACUGGAGCAGCUUUGUCUCUGGGACAGGGAAACAGUAGCAGCCGAACAAGCCUCUAUCACCUGCAUUAAUUUGCAUCUCUCUCCCUCUCCCUCACACACACACAUGCCAUAACUUUAAUUUCUCCUUUGAAAUCUUCAUGUAUGAUUCCUGGGUGCACAGUGAAUCCUUGGGGAAUCAAUCCAUCUAUUCUCAAGAUCAUCCCACUGUCUCUGCAGGCAAAGGAGCACGAACUCUCUCGAAGUUUUGGAUAUAGAGUAAUGCUUUUCUGUGGCCGAGUCUAGAGCAGCACUGCCUGCAGAGGUGUUAGAUCUCCAGUGCUGAGUGCAGGUUUUAGUCUGCGUGUUAUGGCUUGACUGGAACAGCUCACAGUCUUUGCUUGGUGGGGAGCUAAGCUAGGCCCCCAAGGCUGUUUCCUUGAAUAUCUCUUUUGGAUCUGCAUUCCGGAAUCCAGUGGCUGCCUUUGCCAAAGUGCAUACACAUUGCAGGAAGCCUACGAGUCCUGUUUCAGAUUCAGGAAAACCAUUGCCUCUAGAAAUGACUGAUUCACUCUUCUGCUGCAAAGUACUGUCUUUCUCCCAGUUAACGCACUGGGUGGGUAUUUUGAGGUCAGAGAUUUUUAGCUCUAGCUUGGCCUGUUCUAUUAGCGUGGUACACAUUAGAACCAAUAUCGAUCACAUCCCUUAUCCAUUCUGCCAUAGACGCUUGCUCGAGCCUUUAACGUUUCGAUAACUUUUUUGCAUUUGGUUAUUCGCCUUUUCAACAACUAAGGCCUCUAUCAACACCUGCCUUCAUCUUGAUCUGGUACGGCUUCCUUCACAGCUGAGACUAAUCUUUGUAAUCAGUGAAGGCUUCUCAGAAGCCCUGUAUAAUCUUUAUAAAUGAGGUGGUCUUUUUCCUGGGCCCCUCAAAUUUGUCCCAAGUUUUAAAGCCACCAAGCAACAUUGUUCAGUAGUAAUAUUAUGUGAUUGAACCUGUUCUUGUAUAUCAGAGCCCUGCCCUUCACCCAGCAAUGGUGGAGCUGAUGGGAUUCGGCUCAGAGAGCUGCCGCUGGAGCUGCUGCUUGUGGUGCUAAGGACUAGAGAAUGAUGGGAAAAUCCUACACUGAGUGGCUGAAGCAAGGCAAGCUCCAACAACUUUGUUUUCUCCUUCAGCUCGUUUGUACCCAAAAGUGGUCACCACAAAACACUUUUGAAAAACAUGUUAAAAUCACUACACAAACUGAAAUUACAACAGGAUUACUGCUUGCAUAUCCUUCUUUUGGAACUUUGACCUAACUCUACAUUCCUCAUCUGUCUUUCUCUCCACAAGUUCACUGCCACCCCAAAGCAAUAAUUCUCUUGUCAUAGACUAACAAAGCUUAAGCAGACCAAGUAGAGAGUAGUAUGUUUCUCCCAGUGCUUAGAUGGUGACAAUCUUGUUUGCUAAGGAACAGGUCAUCUGUCUUGCAUCUUGUUUUUGAAGUCUUGGUCAGCUAGACUGGCUAGUCCUCUCUCUCUGUUCUUACAUACACAGUGAAGUCCCCUGCUCUUCGUUCAUGACCUUCCUUCUCAUGGUGCACACAGAAACCAGUGCCACACCUCUGGAUCACAAGAUCAAGGAACUUAGACCCAACCUGGAAUGAAUGUCUUGUUUGAUAAUUAACUUGUCCCCAGCCUGUUUUUCUUGCUCCUACAAUCGCGCGCUUGCAACGCUGAGGGCUCACUGGCGCCCUCACCUGUGCCAGUCUAUGAGAAAGGGCCACACUCUGUUCUCGAUUCGAACUUUGAACUUUCUAUCAAAUACUCUUAACUUCCCCAAAAUUUUAAAUUAAACUAACUUCCCCAAACUACUUUAAAUUGGGAAUUCCAUAAAAUCAUUAAUUCAUGUAAGCAGCAUUAUCUCAGGAAUGUUCAUCUUCAGGUUGAUCUUCAGGAAACUUGCCCCACAGAGUGGGCUACCACCCAGAAGUGGUCACUCCAGGCUACGGAGGCAGUGAGUGUCUCACUAUGUCAAGUACAUGAGGGAUAUAGCAGUGACAAACAUGAGAAGGCACAGCAGUAGCAAGAAGCAUCCCUGGGACGAAGCCCCUAGGGCUGGACAUCUCCAGGGCACACCCACCCAUCACAGCCAAGCAGAGCUGCAGGCUCCAGGGCACACCCACCCAUCACAGCCAAGCAGAGCUGCAGGCUCCAGGGCACACCCACCCAUCACUGCCAAGCAGAGCUGCAGGCUCCAGGGCACACCCACCCAUCACUGCCAAGCAGAGCUGCAGGCUCCAGGGCACACCCACCCAUCACAGCCAAGCAGAGCUGCAGGCUGGCUCCAGGAAGCUCACUUGCCCACUGCAGCUCCCCCUGCAUGGCGUUCACCGUCCCUUGGAGGAAAGAAUCCCACUCGGAGCUCCUCACUGUGCCACAGCUAAGGCGGCCGCUGAUGCUCCCAGGAGAGGGACUGGAUGGCUAUGUUCUGACGUGACAAGUUGAGGGACUGAGAAUCCUUAAGCUCCCAUGCUCACCUGUAUUGAUCUCCAUUCACCGUAAACAGAAAAACACGUCCAGAGGCCAAAUAGAGGCAAACUUUCUACUGUAGAUAAAAAUGACUCUUGGUAUCUGCCUCCAACAGCCUUGGUUUUUCAAGGCAGGGUCUCACUGUGUAGAGCAAGCUAGCCUUGACCUUGCUGUAACUUUCUUGCCUCCCAGCCGCUGGGUCAAGCAUGCACAACCAUACCUGGCUUUGCCCUUGGUCUCUCUUAGGCGGACUCAGUUCUUCUUCAGUACCUUUUUCUUUGUGGCCAGAAAGGAGAAUUCGUGAAGUAAUGCGGUUUGGAGUGCAUGAGAGGAAUGCCGUCUUCUCAUUCACAGGCAUAAAUUGUCUUAGGUUCUGUGCUCAGUGGGAAUGGAUUGGUUUGCGCGCGGGGGAGCGGGGGGGGGGGGCCGAAGAGAAGAGGAACAGCGUCCCCCACUCCAGAGCUAACCCACCCUGAGGAUCAGAGGAUAGAGUUUUCCACUAAGCAGGGUUUCCUGAGCAACAGGGAGGCCCUCCAUCCCUCACACCCACAAACCUUUUCUAAGCCCAGAAGCAGUCUUGACGUGGACAUCGCUUUCAGGGUUUAUGGGUGACUUCAGCGUGCAUGGUUUCACUUGUGCAACAGUGCGAGGCACCAGCCUGAGUGUGCAACCUCUCCUUUUGUGAAAGAAACCAAAAUUCUUCCUGUGUCUCCUCCUCUCUGGUCUCUGUGUGUUGAUUGGUUAGAAGUGGCUGAUGGUGUCCCUUGGAGAGCAGAGCAACCUUCCCAUGGAAGGGGACACUUUGAGGUGCUGGUGUGUCUCCCUCAUUUUCUAUGUUCUUCUCUCUAGUAGGUCUCAAGUAGAGACAGAUAUUUUUGUUUUAGAGAUUCCAAAGUCUAUAUUUUUAGUGUAAGAAAUGUACCCUCUCCACACUUCAUGUCGUAAAUAGAACUGGGAAUAAGAUGUGCAAUUGUGAUCACCCUGUAACAAUGUAUGGUAGACAUGAGGCCCCGGGGCAGGUGACUUGGUGUGUCUCUGAGCCCUCCUCUCUGCCUGCCCACACACAUGUGUGCUCAGCUCUUUGAGUGACAAAUAAAGCCCAUGUUAUAAACUGAUU